CGCCACCAGCUGUUCCUCAUCAAGAAGAAGAAGAAGAAGAAAAGACGUGUGUUUUCCCCCACCUAAGCCUCCAACAUGGCGGCUGCAAAGAGGCUGAAACGCGUGGCGGCUUCUCAGCCAGGGUUUUUAAGUUUAAAGGGCUCUUCAAACUCUGAAGACCUGCUCGGCGGUCGGAGAAAACGUGUGAACAAGAAUAAGAAAAAAAACUGGAACAAACACAGUGACAUUAAUGACGUCGAGGACUUUUUAGAAGACGUCAGACACCAGGAGAGGACCACGGGGGGUCUCCUGUCUGAGAAACCAGAUGACAGUUUGUUCUUUUUGGAUGUUGGACAACCACAGAAAGCUGAACAGAAAGAUGAAGUAGAGGAACCCAUUGAGGGCAGGAGGAGGAAAGGGAAAGCAUCACGUCCUCUGAGGAUAGACUUGAUCCUGCAGCACGACUCCCUCGUCCCACCGCCUAAAGAUGUGCUGUCCUACCAGCAACCAAAUGCCAAGAAACUCCGUCGUAUUGCCCAGAAGGCCGAGCAGCUAGCAGCUAAAGGCGUGGUGCCACGGAGGCAGAAACAGCUGCUGAACAGACGGCCGGUCGACAGGACGACCAAGAAGGCAGUGACGGAGGCCAACAACAACCCAGACAGAGAGUAUUACGACAUAUGGGGGCAAGAGUCCAAAGAAUCAGCAGACCCAUGGUACCUUCAACAGACUGGCAAGAAGCUUGUCAAGCGACCAGAGAAGUUGAAUGAGAAGCCGUCUGUGCUCCCUGCUGUGGAGGUGAUUGCUCCUGGAGGUUCCUACAACCCAGACUUCCUCUCCCACCAGGCUUUGCUGCAGGAGGCCCAUGAUGUGGAGGUAAAGAAACAAAAGGCGGAAGACAGAAUAGAGAGACAGCUGGCUGUCAACAAAGAAGACACAGCUACAGAGGAAACAGUCUUCCAGGAGCAGGUGGAAGGCCUGGUAGAGGAGGAGGAGGAGGAGAAUGAAGAAGAAGCGGCUCCUAAUGAGGAAGGGGAGAGUGUGGUGGUGGGAGCCAUCACGCUGGCUGAGAAGAAGACUGAGAGACAGAGGAAAAGAGAGAGGGCAGACAAAAUCAAGGAGCAGCGACGGCAGGCCGACAGACACCACACUAACCAGCGGCAGCAGCUUUUCCAGCUUCGCUCCAUUAAGGCGUCCAUCAAACAGCAGGAACAGACAACCAAGGCAAAACAGAAACAACGCAACGACAAGAAGGAGGCGCAGAAAGCUCAGCCCAGACGCCUCGGCAGACUCAAGUUUCAAGCUCAGGACAUGGAGGUUCAGUUAAGUGAUGAACUGGCCGGCUCCCUACGACAACUCAAGCCAGAGGGCAGCAUCCUCAAGGACCGCUUCAAGAGUCUGCAAAAGAGGAACCUGAUCGAACCCAGAGAAAGAGCCAAGUUCAAGAGGAGGCACAAGGUGAAGUAUGUGGAGAAGAGGGCUUUUAGAGAGAUCACUUAGUGCCACAGACCACAAGAAGCUGGGAAACAUUUAAAGCCACAAAUACAACAUAAUGGAACUGUGUAUAUACAACCUCAUGACUUCUGAUGGCCUGCUUGACCCUCAAAGAUGGUUACAACUGCUAAGAAAUGAUGUCACAUCAGUGAUAUAAACUGAAAUGAGAAGUGCUGGUUAUCAGUGUGGUGUAUUUCUGUACUGGUGUCUACCUUGCAUUUUUAUAUCAUAUUUCACAAUUAAAUUAAGGUAAUGUUU